AAUUCGAAAGUGGAGUUCUCUAUGUUCAUGAAACGUUCACAUUGAACUACAUUGCUGCAUUUUUUAAUCCUCCGUAGAUAACAUUUUAUAUAUUUUAUGUAUGUUGAUUUCACGCUACGUUCGGAGCAUUGCUCAGCAUUGUUAUAAGGACUCACACGUCAAAAUCCUGUCAGGCAGAGGAUGUUUAUUUAUCCGUGAUUCUCGUUCCAAUGUUGACAACACAUGCCAGAAAGAAAAUAACACGAUAUAUCACUUCUGUAAUAUAUGAAAAAGGUUUUCUGACGUGAAAAUUGCGCCUUUUCGGAACAAUUAGAUUAUCAGUAGAUUUAUUUUUUUCUUGAGAGGGAUACAUCAGAUUUGAAGACUGUCAGCAGUCAGAUCUCUUACGUUUGUUGGCGCAAGAAGGACUGUCUGUCCCGGCGGGCUUUAUUAGCAAGCAGGAUUCAUUCUAUAGUUAGAUAAAUUCGCGGUGGGCCGAAAAUAAACGCGGAACCGGCGUGACGCCGGGAGCAGACGUCUCUUUUGACACGAUCGUAGUGCUUGGAAGGCUCAGGAAUCGCAUUAUGUCGUCCCUCGUGCAAAUAGACGGCAGUUUGGGCGAGGGUGGCGGACAAGUGUUACGAAUUGCUCUCAGCUUGAGCACGCUCUAUGGCAUCCCCAUCGAAAUCGAGAAUAUACGCGCUGGAAGGCCCAAGCCCGGUCUCGCGGCACAACAUUUAAAAGGUGUGGAACUUGUUAAGGAGAUGUGUAAUGCCCAAGUCAGAGGUGGAUACAUAGGAUCGACACGUUUGGAAUUCCGUCCGGGUCCACUAAACAAAACCAAGAGAACGUUUGUAGCGGACACAAAAACUGCUGGAUGCAUUUGCUUACUGGCGCAAGUAGCACUGCCGUGUGCCCUCUUCUUUCCAUGUAACGAUACGAUCACGCUCAUCUUUAAGGGUGGAACGAACGUUCCUAUGGGGCCACACAUAGAAUAUCUGACAGAAGUGUUUAAACCAUUGCUGAACAAAUUCGGAGCAGACUUUGAUUUUGUAGUUGUGAAGAGGGGAUAUUAUCCAAAGGGAGGAGGCGAGGUGCAUUUACGCAUAAAACCGAUCAGUAGCUUAAACGCGGUUACUUUAAUUGAUCUGGGAAAUCCUCGGGGAAUAACAGGAUGGUCUUAUGUGGCUGGGUCAGUUCACAUAAAUGAGGCGCAUACAAUGGCCAACGAUGCCAAAGCAAUUUUAACAAAUAAAUUAGUGAAAAGCAAUAUUCGAGUACCACCAAUUACAAUCGAAGCUUACAGGGAAGACAGAGCAAUGGCUGUUGGAAACGGCUCUGGUAUCAAUAUAGUGUGUAACACCAGCACGGGAUGCGUUCUCGGCGGCUCCGGAUUAGGUUCUGGAAGACAAGAAGGACCGCCGGCAGGUGAAACAGCGGCUAACGAGAUUUUAAAGCCGCUCCUGGCAGGGGCGUGUGUUGACGAACACACGCAGGAUCAGAUGAUAAUUUUAAUGGCACUGGCGAAAGGUACUUCGCAGAUCAAAGUCGGAGACAAGAAGCUCACUUGUCACACGGAAACUGCUAUGCAGGUUGCAGAGAUAAUGUUGGGUAAACGUGGACUUCGCUUCAAUUUGUCAAAAAGUGCCGAAGAUGGGGACACUUCGUCUUACACCUUGGAGUGUCAGGGAUGUGGGUUGAUUAACGAUAAUCUGGUUAAACAAUGA